AUGAACAUAUUUAGGUUGUUGGGGGAUUUUUCACAUCUUAUCGCUCUAAUAAUUCUGUUGAAGAAAAUAUGGAAAACAAAGUCGUGUGCCGGACUUUCCGGAAAAUCACAACUUCUCUUUGCUAUUGUUUUCAUCUCUCGUUAUCUGGAUCUAUUUUUCACCUUCAUAUCAUUGUAUAACAUGAUUAUGAAAAUCUUCUUCAUUGGCUGUUCCUGUGCAACUGUCUACUUGAUGUAUUUCAAAUUCAAAGCAACCUAUGAUUCAAAUCAUGAUACUUUUGCCGUUUAUUUGUUACUGUCGAAAUUUGUUUUCUGUUCUUUUAUUGGGUUAUUUGUAGAUCUAUGGGCCUUCUCAAUUUAUUUGGAAUCUGUUGCUAUUAUGCCUCAAUUGUUCAUGAUUAGUAAAACGGGGGAAGCGGAAACAAUCACCUCUCAUUACUUAUUUGCAUUGGGAUGUUAUCGUGCCUUGUAUUUACUUAAUUGGGUAUAUCGUUAUUACUAUGAUGAUUAUCUUGACUAUGUCGCUGUUAUUGCGGGCAUUGUACAAACAUUACUUUACUGCGACUUCUUCUACUUGUAUGUAACUAAAGUGAUCAAAGGACGUGGCUUAAGACUGCCGGCGUAAAUUCUACUGAUUU